UAAAACCGUUUUCUGAUGCACCUUGUAUUUCCAAAUGCGAGGGCUGUCUGUAAUUUCACUAUUUCUUUUUUUUUCUUUUGUAGAAACAGAGGUCACAUGUUCUGUUGAAGCCAAUGACACUUGUGAUCCUCUUGCAACAUGCAAAGUUUUAUCCGAUGGUUCAUUUAAGUGUGUGUGCCCUCGUGGAGUUGUUACCGGCGAUGGUCUCAAAGGCGAUAAUUAUACCGGAUGUGUAUUUCCAAAUUGGGAAUAUUCCUGUGAAGAAGGCCCAGACAGAUGUUAUGAGGCACUGGGCUUCUGUGAUGAUACAUACUUUUGUAAUUGCAACAAGGGUUACAAGGGAGAUGGUGUAACAGAGUGCGUGGAUAUUAAUGAAUGUGCAUCGGACGCCAUGAAUCUGUGUGACAUCAAUGCCAAAUGUACAAACAUCCCUGGUUCCUACAACUGUUCUUGUAACCACGAAUACACGGGGGAUGGUUUCACUUGCAAAAAAACGGGGCUCACAUGCUCGUUCCAUGCCGAUUACACUUGCCAUCCUCGUGCAACGUGUGAAGAUUUGCCUGAUGGCUCCUUUAGGUGCGUAUGUCCUAAGGACUCUCUUGGCGGUGAUGGAUUCAAAGGUGAAAACCAUACUGGAUGUAUAUUUGAAAAUGAAAAAGUUUCGUGUUUGGAAAACAGCACAUGUCAUAAAGAAUUGGGCUUUUGUAGUGAGGCAAAAUUUUGUGAGUGUAUACAAGGCUACAAGGGAGAUGGUGUAACGUUGUGUGAUGAUAUUAAUGAAUGUCUAUCGGAGGCCACGAAUUUGUGUGACGUCAAUGCUAAAUGUAUAAACAUCCCUAGUUCCUACAACUGUUCUUGUAACGAAGGUUACAGGGGCAAUGGUUUCAUCUGCAAUAAAACAUGUAUUGAUGAUAGAAGUUGUACGAAUAACAGUUUUUGCAAUAUGAAUAUUCAGCAAUGCCAAUGCCAACCUGGUUUCAGAGAAAAUGGAACACUUUGUUUCGACAUUAAUGAAUGUGAAGAAGUCCAUGAUUGUCAUGAGAAGGCUAACUGCACCAAUCUGGAAGGAUCUUACAACUGUACCUGCCUCCCAGGACUAAAUGGCAAUGGCAUUAAUUGUACAUCAACACCAGCUGACUGCCAAGCUGUAUUGAAUAAAGAUAACAGCAGUGAAACAGGUUAUUAUUUUAUAGACCCCGAUAAUGUUGGACCAAUACAACCAUUUGAGGUCUACUGCAUCAUGGAGGGAGACCUUGGCAUUACAGUUAUUGAAACCGAUUUUGACCAAGAGGUUAUUCUUGGUACUCACAAUGUGACUUACAAUUAUGAAAUUGAGGUCGUAAAGAAAAUUGUUGAGAUUUCUGAAUUUUGCUACCAAACUAUGUCUUACACCUGCCAAGCGCACCACUCCAUGUUUGAUGGAUCGUUUUAUUGGACAGACGGUAAUGCAGAAAAACAGUACACCUGGGCUGGAGGCGAUGACGAUUAUAAGUGCUCCUGUGGUGUGAUUGGCAUGUGUUACGACGUAUCAAAAGGUUGUAACUGUGAAAAUAACGAUUUGCAAGAAACUGACUAUGGCAAGAUUAUUAAUAAAACCCUCUUACCAAUUACAAGUUUUACCAGGAUGUCUAAUCCCAGCAGCUAUGCUCAGAUCAGUUUCGGAAACAUCAAAUGUUCUUCCAGACAGUUUGAUAUCCCAAAGGAUUGUCACGAAAUGAAGUUUAAACAAUACCAGUCACUUAACGUCACUGCGUACAUUGACAUUGACGGGGAGCUGGAUCGAUUUCCUCCUAUUUUGGUGUAUUGUGACAUGUCAUCAGAAAAGCACGUUGGUAUUACAACUGUGUCCAACGACUGGAUUACCAUAAAAGAAGUUGUUACACAUGAUUUCGACAUCAACUAUUAUAUGCAACAGGAAAUGAUUGCGUCGUUAAUCAAUUCAUCGCAUUUUUGCAUGCAGGACAUGUCAUAUAUAUGUAAGUCAUCAGAACGCUACCAGCUGACCAAAAGCAAAAAACAGUACUUUCAACAUAUUUCCGCAGUCUCCGUCAACCAGACUUCGACAGGAAUAAGGCCAUCCUGCAACGAGUACCGAAAUACCGGGUCUGACAAAUCCUAUACAUAUUUAAUUGAUGUUGAUGGUCACAAAGGUGCGUUGCAACCGUUUCCGGUCUAUUGUCAGAUGAUCGUUCAACCCCCGUAUGGAUCGACAAUUGUUCACCACCACCUGACUAAUAUAACUUCUACAGUUGAAUUCACUUACAUUUACGCCUCUUACAUUCAAGUGACAAAACUAAUCUCGAACUCAGCCUACUGUUCCCAAUCAUUUAGAUAUCACUGUUCUGAAGCCCCAUUACAUUCAACGAAUUUCGAUAACAAGAUUUAUGGCCCAAACAAUACCAUGGAUGAUCUAACUUGUGAUUGUCAUUCAGAUGAAAGUUGCUUAAAUAAUGAAAAAUGCAACUGCGAUGCAAACCUUGCCAGCGAAACUGACAUAUCAGAUUAUGUAACAAUUUCAACUAAAUCACAGCUUCCUAUUACCAAGAUAGAAAUGAAGAAACUAAGCACGGGAAAGUAUGCCGAGUUUGUGGUAGAACCUCUUAUCUGCCUGAAUAUUUUGAGAAGCUGCUAUGAUAUCAUGACUAAAUUUGACAUUUAUGGCAAUAACCCGUUGGUCAGACAAUAUUACACGAUCGAUCCAGAUGGCUACGGCAAUCACCCACCAUUUAUGGUUUACUGCAAUUAUAUUGUGACGGAAAUACCGAUCUAUGAAUACAAGUUCAGGUUUAUACCUGCUUUGGUUAAAUAUUCAUCAUAUUGUACUCAAUAUGUUUAUUACAAAUGCUACCGGAAUCCUGGAACUGAUCAUAUUCACUACGAAACAUGUGAUGGAAGAACAUAUGAGGAUAUGACUGGUUUAUCUUCAGAAAGCACGUGUGGCUGUGGAUUACGUGGAAGCUGUAAGGGUGGACUAUCACAUAAAUGUAACUGCGAUUCUGAAACUAAUGAGUGGCUUUCAGAUAGCUCCUACAUUUACAACAAGUCUCGUCUAGCUGUCUGUAAAGUUUGUGUCAAGAAGAAGUCUUACGACAAUGCCAACGUUCAACAGAGUGUCAAUGUUAAUGUUUACACUUUAUAUUGUUCGAAACGCUAUCUCUCUCACCAAAUAACAUGUCAACAUCACAGAAACAGCUAUACAACCACUUCCGGGGAUUUUUUCCUGCUAUCUACGAAAUUCGAAAGGCAAGUUCCUGUCUACUGCGAGAUGAUCUAUAAUCCCCCGACAGGAAUUACGGUCGUCAAUCCACGUGAUCCCAUAAUUGAAAUCUCUGGAAAUGGAACCGAUAUUGAGAUACCUUACUUCAUAACUGAUAUUGAACACGUCAUCGAAAUCAUCACAAAAUCUGUAUACUGUACCCAGGAAUUGACGAUAUUUUGCAACUCUUCCAAACUAGUGUUAAAUAAUGAGUUCGGAUGGUAUUCUCAAAAAGGAGUAGUCCAGAACUAUUGGCCUGCCGAGAAAGACGUCUACAGGGACUGCCAAGAAAUUAGGGAAAACUCCAUGAAUAAAAAUCCUUUGGACAAUGAUGUCUAUCCUAUUGACUCAGACGGCGCUGGCGGCGAAAAUCUGUUUGCCGCUACUUGUAAUUUUACCGACACUCAUGUUGCUGUCACAGAGGUGACACAUUCAAUAAUCGAGUUUACCAAAGUGACUACCUCGACAGGAAUGAACAUCACACUUAAUUAUACAUCAUCAACUGUGCAUCAAAUUAAAGCACUCGUCAACUAUUCUAACUUCUGUUAUCAGGAUGUGGAAUACCAAUGUCAAAAUACCCCUUUGAUUAAUAAUGGAAGCGACUCUUUUGGUUACCUGGUUUCUUACGAUGGGACAAAAAUGGAUCGUUUUGGUGUUGGAUACUCUGAUGACGUUGUUGGCUGUGCAUGCAUGGUGACUGGCACUUGUCCUGAACAACAUACAUGUGAAUGUGAUGCAAAAUCUUCUGACUGGAAGUGGGAUGAAGGUGUUGUGGUCGAUAAAAAAUAUCUACCUUUAACACAGGCCGUUUUUCGUCCAAAAACGCAGACAAAUCAAAGGGCUAAAAUAUCCAUAAGUUCCAUAAAAUGUUCUUCACGACCAAUUUAUUUUCCGAUCAAUUGUGUUGAUGCCUACAAAAGAGGUAUGAAGACUGGUUCAAUAUUUAUCCAACCAUCAGACAAAGUUGACCCAUUUUUUGUUUAUUGUGACAUGGAAUACAUCUCGAAAACCGGUGUAACGAUUAUCCGUAAUGAAUUUGAGACCACUACUACAAUUACUGGUAAAACAACACAAGUGAUUUACUACAAUGUCACAUACGUUCAGAUCGAAGCAUUGAUUAAAACCCACGAGUAUUGUUACCAGCCAGUCAAAUACGACUGCAAAUUUACCAAGUUCAUGGGUAACGGAUAUGCUCACUGGAAGGGUAAAGGAGGUUCGAAGAAAACUUACUUUGGAAGCACCAAUUUCAAAGAGAAUAUGUGUACAUGUGGCGCAGAAAGACGUUGUGGAGGAACAGGAAACAGGCAAACUGUCUUGAACAGGUUGUGUAAUUGUGACAGCUCUGAUUCGGAAUGGAAAGCCGAUGCAGGUGUAAUUUCUAUAAAAGACGAUCUACCUGUCAGACAACUCUUUGCUUCACAACCUUCGCAUGCAGAGACUAAAUUGACAAUUGGAAAAAUAUAUUGCGCUGACAAACAAAUAAAUCUAAAUGAAUGUGAAUUGGGUUUCCAUGACUGCCACGUAAAUGCCACCUGCCUGGACACCAAGACAGGCUUCGAGUGUUUGUGUAACGAAGGAUUCCUAGGUCGUGGGACCGGCAAAGUGGCAACUGGACGAGCAUGUCCAGAUGACAAUGAAUGUCGGCUCUCUAUGUGUCCAUGGUCUGCCAAGUGUUACAAUUUACCAGGAACAUUUAGCUGUGUUUGUUAUAGCGGUUUCAACCAGACGGGGCCAACCACGUGUGAAGACAUUGACGAAUGUGCUGAAGGAACACAUCAGUGUGACGAAAAUGCCAAAUGUUUCAACACGAUUGGAAGUUAUUUCUGCAGAUGUAACAGAAAUUUCAUUGGAGACGGUAAAGUUGGAGAUUGUCAUAAAAUCGGAAUAUGUGAAUGCUUUGGCGAUCCUCAUUGUGUAUCUUUUGAUCAGAAAUGGCUUCAUUUCCAAGGCAUGUGUAAAUAUACACUACUCAGAGACAACUGUUUAAACCUUAACGACACGCCUAGCUUCCGCGUUGAAGCAUUGUUUUGGAAUAAAGAUAUUCCUGACCAGGAAAACAGUUGGGUCAAAGAAAUAUCAGUUUUCAUAGAUGAUUUGCAACUAAAUUUGGAAAAUGAACGUAUGACUGUGCUGAGUGUUAGUAUGACUGUGUUGAGUGCUGAGAUGUCUUGCGUUGUUGUUGUUGUUGUUGUUGUUGUCGUCGUCGUCGCAGCUGCUGCUGUUAUUGCUAUCAUCAUCAUCAUCAUCAUCAUCAUCAUCAUCAUCGUUAUCAUUAUUAUCGUUAUUAUUAUUAUUUAUUUAUUUAUUCAUCUAUUUAUUGUUCCCAUUGUUUUUCAGAAAUUAUUUGCUGAUUUUGGAUUACAAGUUUCUUGGGAUGGACAGGCAUUCGUCAAGGUACUUCUUGAGGAAAAUUUCGCGAAUUCCACAUGUGGACUCUGUGGUAAUUUCAAUGACGUCGCAGAAGAUGAUUGGAAAAUGGGUAAAGGCUGUGGAGAAGAAGGAAAAAUCGCAACAAAUGCAAGAGUAUUUGGUCAGUCUUGGAUUGUUGAGAACAAUUUGGAAGAGUCACCUGAAAGCACUUGUUCAAAGGAUUGUGAAAAAUCCACCGAACCUAUCUGUCCAGAACAAAAUAAGGAAUUAGCAAACUACCUGUGUGGUGAAAUACACAAAGGAUUUCAGGAAUGUUUUGACAUAAUGGACGAAGAGAUAAGAGAACAAUUCCAAUUAAGUUGUGUGUACGAUUUGUGUUUUAUGGAUAACUACAUCACUGACACCUUGUGUCUACACAUGAACGCCUUGAUGGUCGAAUGCCAGGAAAAUAUGAAAGUGAAACCAGUCUUUCUGUACAUACAUACAUACAUACAUAUAUGCACAUACGCACACAUAUAUAAUACGACUUUGUACUUUUAUAUAGACAAGGAGUGUGGACCGAACCAAAUAUGGAAGACUUGUGGAAAAUUAACAGAUGUUAAAACUUGCUUUGAACAGAAUGCGAACCAAUUAAACAAUUCAAAAGAACAAUGUUCUGAAGGAUGCUUCUGCAAAGAAGGAUUUAUCCGACAAGAAAAUGAAUGUAUACUUCCGAGCGACUGCGGUUGCGUUUACAACGAUGUAUAUUAUGCGAUAGGUGAUCAAAUUGUAAUAAACGAUUGUUCAGAGAAGGCGUUCUGUGAACAGAAUGGCACAAUCAAAUUCUCUAAUCAUGCUUGCCAUGAAGACGCGACCUGUAAAAUAAAAGACGGUGUAUUCGACUGCUUCUGCAACAAUGGAUUCUUCGGUAAUGGUACCCAAUGCUACGAGGACUUCUGCCAAAAAAUGUCCAACUGUACAGCUCCUGCUGAAUGUGUGAGUGUCCCAAAUGGAUUUUACUGCCAAUGUCCCGACGGCUACAACACCAACUGCGAAUUUUGUGAAGACAUUAAUGAAUGUCUAACCAACACAGAUGAUUGCGAUAAAGUCGGUCAAUGUAUCAACACCAAUGGUUCCUACGAAUGUAGCUGUCCUAAAGGCUAUUACAUGAAUAACAAUAAAUGCGAAGAUGUGGAUGAAUGUGAGAUGAAAAUAGACAACUGUGGCAAUCAUUCCAGGUGUAUAAACACACCUGGCAGUUUCAAUUGCAAAUGCUGUUCUGGAUAUGAACUAACAGCUGAUAAUAAAUGUACUGGUAAGUGGAAAUCUUAUUCUUUUGUUUGGUUCAGUUGUUGGUUUGCAGCAGUGUUUGGAUCAAAUCAACUCCAGUCUUUCACAUUUCAUCCCUCUGGAUGUUGUUUUCUCUAUUGUUCUUUCAUCUUCCAGAUAUGUGGUACCGAUGGAGUGUCAUAUGAAAACUGGGCAGACAUGAUCAUAAAAGCCUGUGAGAAACAAACCAAAAUUAAGAUGGAUUAUCACCAUGUAUGCAAAAAGUCAUGCAGUGAGGUGAAAUGUCCAAAGUAUCAAAUGUGUGUUACGGAUGAAGAAACUGGUAAACCCAAAUGUGUUUGUGAACCAUGCACAGAGGUGGAAAUUAUUAAAAAACCAGUCUGUAGUCCAGCGAAAGUCAUCUAUGAUUCCUUCUGUGACUUCAAGAAAUUCCAGUGUGCCUAUGACAUUCAACAGGUUGUAGUGGAUGCAUCACAGUGUAAAGCUAUUGGUAGUGACGCAGUCAGUGAAUGGUCUGAAUGGAGCAGCUGUAGUGUAACAUGUGGUGAAGGAACUAAGGAGAGAACAAGGGAGCCUCUAAGAACACUGAAUGUCUUUGAAGAGGCCAGUUUACCAUUAAAUGCCACCUCAGCUUGUUACCUUGAUCCCUGUAAUGGAAGUGUAUGCUUUAGCUUCACAUGUCCACUUAAAGCACAGAUAUGCUCUGAUGAUAAUGGAGAACCUAAAUGCAAAUGUCCCAACUGUACAAAUGUGGGAACAAGCCCUGUGUGUGCUCGUCUUUAUGUUGGAGAAUAUGCAUACAGUGAGGAGACGUUUAUGAAUCCAUGUGAAGCUGAGGCAGCAGCUUGUGAAAAUGACCAGGACUUUGAUAUUAUGAAAGAUGUGGAAUGUGAUGUACUUCCGGUGAAUUGCACCCUCAUUCCUAAUUUUGUGACUGUGACAAACGACGGCUGCUCAUCAGAGAAGAAAAUAAAUGUUGGUAUGUGUUCAGGAGGAUGUGGUAUAAGCACAGGCCACUGUUGCAAUGCUCUUGCCAUCGAGAAUACAAAAGUAAAUAUCGUCUGUCCUGAUGAUACCUAUAAAUUACAUACGGUGAGUAUUCGUGUUUAUUAUUGAACUGCUGCAAGGCAG